UUUCUAAAAGAGCUGAUUCGCCAUGACGGACGCGGUGACUUCAAGGACUCUUUGACAUGUCAUUGGUGCUCCGGCGCCAACCCGGCUUUUCGAUGCGAAGACUGUUUGAUGGGUGCGAUGGGGUGCCGAGAGUGUAUGGUCAAGAACCACACUACUAGUCCUUUCCAUCGUAUCAAGUAUUGGAACGGCAAGUACUUUGAAAGAAGCUCUCUAAAUCGUCUUGGGUUACGCAUUCAGCUUGGCCAUAGUCCUGGCCGGACUUGUGUCAACCCUGUCUGCUCCUUCGACGACGACUUCGUAGUGAUGGACAGUCACGGGAUACACGAAGUGGGGCUUGAUUAUUGCGGCUGUGAAACGGCAGCUUCGAAGUAUCGGCAGCUUCUCCGUGCCAGGCUAUUUCCAGCGACUGUUACGGAGCCGAAGACCGCAGCAACAUUCAGGCUUCUUGAAGAGUUCCAGCUCCUUUCUCUCGAGUCUAAAGCUUCUGCCUAUGAGGCUUAUCACGCACUUGCGAGGAGGUCCGAUAACGCGGGGCUAGUAUCAAUCAAGGUGAGCAAUGGAUAUCUGGCUAAUUCGUUUAAUCGAUCCUCUUUGCUAACUUUUUCUUUAUAG